CGAGCCAGCCAAGAUUUGAUGAGAUCGGUGAGCUCGACAGUUCGUUCUCAAGUGAUCGAGUUGAGCACUAAUAGGCCUUACUACGGGGUCAUUACGCCCUUACUCACACGCACACCUCACGCGCGUAAAAAACAUUGACUCCAAAAUUGUGAGUUGAAAAAGAAUUAAAAAGGAAGAAGAAGAAAGGUUUGUCCCUUUCUCUCUUUUGAGAGUGAUGAAGGUGAAGACAGACACAGAAUUUUCACUGGUUCAGAGCUUGCUGCCUGCUAGGGUUUCUUUUUCCGUUUCAGUGAAUUUUAUUAUUGAUUGAGGAUUGAAAUUCAAUACAUUUGUUUUGGAGGUCGUGAAUGGAAAAUUUUCAUCUUUAGAUAGUUCACCGCGGCUGCACAUUGGGCAUUGAAGUGUCUGGGUAUCUCAUUAAAUGUCCUGAAGGUGAUUGCAGAAUUUGAUGGAAAAAUAAACUUAUUAUCAUGCCAUAUUGACCUUUUGAUUGUUUUGAGGCAUGGUAUGUGAGCCACAAUGACACUGGAAGAUUUCUUUUCAAAGAUCGAGAUGAAGGAUGGGCUCAAAGCCCCUUCACGAGUUGAGGAGUUAAUCAAUGUAAUGCAGAAGGAGAAAGAUAGUGUUGUGAAGAACAUUGGUGAUGCAACCAGGCAGUGGGCUGCUAUUGCAAAUGCUAUUACUGCUACUGAGAACAGAGAUUGUCUUGAUCUUUUUAUUAAAUUAGAUGGACUGCAGUUUAUUGGUUGUUGGCUGAAGGAUGCUCAAAAGUUUGGCCAUGAGACUAAUGAAAGUAGUGUAGAAGAGUCAAUUACUGCAAUGUUGCAGGCACUUGGAAAGCUACAUAUCAAUAAUGAGUGUUCAGUUUCUUCUGGGAUCUGGCUUAGUGUCAAGCGUCUUCUCGACCACAGUAGCUCUCAGGUUCAGAAUAGAGCCAGAGCACUAUUUGACAGCUGGAAGCAGGGUAGAGUUAGUGAUGCAGUUGACCACAAUGUUGGGCAUGUUGGGCCUUGUCAAACUGAGGGGGUUCCAGUCAGUUCAAUGGAUGUUGAAGAAGGUAGUCAGUCAAAAUGUUCAUCACCAGAUGCUCCUCCUGAAGCUAGUCUCAAAGAAGAAAAUAGUGGAGCAGAAAUUUCACCAUCAAAUUCAGAAAGCCUUCGACAGGAAAAGGCAGAAGAGUUACAGACUCAAACCCAUAAUAAUAAGCAACAUUCUCUUAUAACUUUGGACCAAACUAACAUGGAGGACAAACCUCCAGAUCAUCUUACCUCUUCUAUCUUAUCAAAAAAUUUAGUUCUAGAAAGUACUUUAAUCAAAGAUAAAUCCCCAAUAAGUACAGAAGGGAUCUCAUCGAUUGAGAUUUGUAAACUUCCAGUUCCAAAACAAAGCCAUGAUGAAGGGCAGUCAGAUGCACUGAAGAUGAAUGAAUUAUCUGAUGAUGAAAAGAAUGUCCAAAAGGUGGGCAGCUUCUCAGACAAAUUAUGUUUGACAGUGGCUGCCUCUACUUCUAAUAUAUUGGACUCGAGAACUGUUUCUUCUGGCGUGAAUGUUGCAGAUGCUCAUGAGAUUGUGACUGAAUCUGCUUUAGAAAACAAUUUUGAUAACAAAGAGGAUGACUUGCUUAUAAAAGUGAAUGUUGCAGAUGAUAUGGCUGUAACAGAUAGUUACAGUACACAGUUGUUGAAGACAACAGGUGAAGAUGAUGAAUGUCAUUCUGAUGCAAUGCAGGAUUCAUCUGGUAAUGAUUGUAUAUACAGGAAGCACAAGGAUUUAGAGAUUUCUUUUUCAAGAGUAAAGGAAAUUUGUGCAAUUGAUGAUGAUAAGGAGGAGCAUACUAGUGAUGGAGGUUCCAAUUCAAGAAAUGAUUGUGAUUUUUCAAAACCUGCAAUGGGCAACCGGAGUCCUGAGGUGAAUAAUCAACGGAAGUCUGAUAUUGAACUUGAGUAUGGCAUAGUUGAUGCCUUAGAAGUUGCCCGAAAAGUUGCUCAGGAAGUGGAAAGAGAAGUUGAAGACUAUGGAGAACGGUCAUGCAGUUCUUCCGAGAAAUUUUCAGAUGGUGGAUUUAGACAGCCAGAUAGCUCAGAUUCUAUAAAUGGAAAACAGGAUCUAAUAAAUGAGGUACCAUCAAAGGAGGUGCCAACUGGACAACAUUAUUCUGCUGUGGCAUAUCCUGAGGGUGAGGGCCAUGUAAUUAAUUCAGAGAAUGUUGGAACUGAACCAGAAGAUGGCAUAGCUGAUAUGGAGUCCUCUCAGGUGACUGAAGCUGCUCAAGAACCAAAAGUUAACCCAGAGAAAGCCCUUUGUGAUUUUGAUUUGAAUCAAGAGGUUUGUUCAGAUGAUAUGGAACGCCUGUUUAAUCCAGUGUCGAACCCUGUUUCUGUGGUUUCAGCUUCUAGACCAGUAGCAGCUCCUGGAUUGCCUGCAGCCCCUCUGCAAUUUGAAGGGACACUUGGAUGGAAAGGAAUUGCUGCUACUAGUGCUUUUCGUCCUGCAUCCCCACGAAGAGUCUCUGACUCUGACAAAACAGCACUCACUAUGGGGAGAGUCAGCAACAGUUCAAAACGUCGGCCAGAUUGCCUUGAUAUUGAUCUGAAUGUGGCUGAGUGUGGCGAUGAUAAACUUGCUGAUGUAGUUGCAGAGAAAAAGAUUCCAGUCUCAUCUGGUCACCAGUCUGCAGAAUCUUCAUUGGAUGUGAGUCCAAGAAAAUCUGAAAGAUUGAAGCUGGAUUUAAAUCGUAUCGGUGAUGAUAGUGAUGCCCCACCUACAGUUCUGAGGAUGGAUGGACGAUUCCUUUACAACCGGAAUGGUUAUCGCAGUCCAUCUCCUGCCUCCUCAUCAUCAUCCAUGCAGCCGGCUUCCCUGAGGAACAUCGACUUGAAUGACAGACCAUAUUUGCAGAACGAUAUUUUAGACCAAGGAAUCUAUCAUGGUAAAUAUCCCCAAAAUGUGAGUGUUUUUGGGAUGUCUAAACCUGAUGAGCCUGUUAUAUCAAUUAUGGGUGCCAGAGUGGAAGUCAAUAGGAAGAAUUUUGUUCCUCAGGCUGCAUCCUUGUUGAAUGGCAAGGCACUUGAAACUGCCAUGGAUACUAACAUGGCAAGGACUGGAAGUGUUUUGGCAUUGGGUCCUACAGUGUCUUAUGCACAUUCCCCUCUCAUGGGAUACAAUGGGUUUGCAGCUGCAACCAUGUUGUCUUAUUCUUCGCCCAUGUAUGGACCUGUGAGCUCAGUUCCUUACAUGGUGGAUUCAAGAGGAGCCCCUGUUGUACCGCAGAUUGUGGGUUCUGCAGCAGCUGUUCCGCCAUCUUAUUCCCAACCACCAUUCAUUAUGAGCCUGGGCAGUGGAACUUCUGGAUUAAAUGGGGCAGGGCCUUCACUCGCUAACUUUGAUCUGAACUCGGGCUUUCCAGUUGAGGGAGAAAAUAGGGACUCCCUUGGUCUGAGACAGCUUUUCAUGCCUGGUCAAGGCCAGUCAAUGGAGGAGCAUCCGAGGGUAAGCUUCCAACCCUCAUCAAGUUCUGGGGGUGUUGGGAAAAGGAAGGAACCAGAUGGUGGGUGGGAAGCGUACCCGAACCCGUAUAACUAUAGAAAUCAGCAGCAACAGCCUCCAUGGAAGUAAGAAGUUUAUAUUUAUGAUUGCUCCUUCCUCCUCCCUUGGGAAUCAAUCAUAAACCCAAUCAAGCUGAUUGAUUCUUGCAUUGCCAGCGAAGAUAAUUGAGAAGAGUGAGUAAGCCCAUUGGCUUUGAGGGGAGGGGAAUUAGAACUGAAUAAAAAAGGGGGGGAAAUUAUGAAUAUGUAAUAUAGUUGGGUGAGGAUGAGAUCAAUUACUGAAGGAAAGAAUUAGGUUUAAUUUUUUAACUUUGGUAUAUUUUUCUAGUAGUUAACUUCUUUUCUCCCAUAUAUAAUAUAUCACAGAAAUUUUAAAGGUGGUCA